AUGUUUUCAGCUGCUCGUUCAGAUACUUUGUUCUUAGGGGCUCAGAAAGUAACUGGUGAUGAUGUGCGUAACCAAACAGUUUUAGCUGCACAAACAGUAGCCAAUGUUGUCAAAUCAUCGUUAGGACCUGUUGGAUUGGAUAAGAUGUUGGUUGACGAUAUUGGAGAUGUUACUGUUACCAAUGAUGGAGCUACUAUCCUAGCAUUAUUGGAUGUCCAGCAUCCAGCAGGGCAAAUUUUGGUCGAAUUGGCUCAACAACAAGAUCGUGAAGUUGGUGAUGGAACUACUUCGGUUGUUAUCAUUGCUGCUGAAUUAUUGAAACGUGCCAAUGAAUUGGUGAAGCAUAAAAUACAUCCUACUACGAUUAUAAGUGGAUAUAGGUUAGCAUUGAAGGAGUCAAUUAGAUAUAUUAAUCAAAUAUUGUCACAGAAUGUUGAUCAUUUGGGAAAAGAGACUUUGAUAAAUAUUGCAAAGACAUCAAUGUCAUCAAAAAUUAUUGGAGCUGAUUCUGAUUUUUUUAGUAAAAUGGUUGUUGAUGCUAUGUUGGCUGUAAAGACUACAAACACCAAGGGAGAAACCAAGUACCCUGUUAAAGCAGUAAACAUCUUGAAGGCACAUGGUAAAUCAGCUUUAGAAUCAGUAUUGGUUGAAGGUUAUGCGUUAAAUUGUACUGUUGCAUCACAAGCUAUGGUGAAGGAGGUCAAGAAUGCUAAAAUUGCUUGUCUUGAUAUCAAUUUGCAAAAGGCAAGAAUGGCAAUGGGUGUGCAAAUAAACAUCGAAGAUCCUGAUCAAUUGGAAGAAAUUAGAAAAAGAGAAUACGGAAUUAUUAUUGAACGAAUUCAAAAGAUUAUAGCCAGUGGUGCUAAUGUUAUAUUAACCACCAAGGGAAUCGAUGAUUUAUGUUUGAAGGAGUUUGUUGAGAAUGGAUGUAUGGCAGUUAGACGUUGUAAAAAGGAAGAUUUAAGAAGAAUUGCUCGUGCCACUGGUGCUACAUUAGUAUCGUCCUUGAGUAAUUUGGAAGGUGAAGAAACAUUUGAAGCAAGUAAUUUAGGUUCAGCACAAGAAGUGGUUCAAACAAGAAUUAGUGAUGAUGAAUGUAUAUUAAUCAAGGGAACCAAACAACAUUCCUCAAGUUCAAUAAUUUUAAGAGGUCCAAAUGAUUAUUCAUUAGAUGAAAUGCAAAGAUCGAUAAAUGAUUCGCUUUCAGUAGUUAAAAGGACAUUGGAAAGUGGAAAUGUUGUGCCUGGAGGAGGAGCAGUUGAAACUGCGUUAAACAUCUAUUUGGAAAAUUUUGCCUCAACAGUGGGGUCAAGAGAUCAAUUGGCAAUUGCCGAAUUUGGAAACGCAUUAUUGAUUAUCCCCAAGACAUUAGCUCUCAAUGCAGCUAAAGAUGCGCCGGAAUUGGUAUCAAAAUUAAGAACUUAUCAUGCUGCAGCUCAAUUAGCCAAGACUGAUGAUGAAAAGAGGAAAAAAUACAAGAAUUAUGGAUUGGACUUAAUUAAUGGUAAAAUUGUUAAUGAAGCUACUCAGGGUGUUUUAGAACCAACAAUUUCUAAAAUCAAAGCCUUAAAAUCGGCAUUGGAAGCUUGUGUUUCUAUUUUAAGAAUUGACACCAUUAUUGAGGUACAUCCAGAACCACCAAAGGAAGAUCCACAUGCUCAUUAA